GUGGACUUUUGUUUCUACUUUCUAAUUUCCAGGAACAGCGACACUUCAUGCUUGUGAUUUGUGAAUGCACCUUAGGCUUUGACAGAUGUUCGAAGUUUGCGUUGGGUUUCAAGGACGUGAUUACCCGUUUUUUUGCAAGCGUUUAUUUGUUUGAAAUGAAAUCUACUUGUCUAGAAUGCCAGAUUCUAAUGUAUUAGAAAAUCGUUACGUUUCGUGCAUUCGAGUAAAUGGAAAACCGAUUCUACCACCAAUUUUGAACGAUGACAAACGAAGAGCGAUGCGGCAGCUUAGAGAAGAAGCUAUUGCCGUUGAAUACCGCUUAAAAGAAAAACGUCGGUCCCAACUUAUGGAACAAGUCCAGAUUAUUCUUGACAAAUGUGUGACAUUAGAUGAACUAAAUGUUUCCAAAGUAGAGCCAUCAAAGUACCGUCUCAUAAGCGAACCUCUUCUACAAACACCAGUGAGGCUUAAUAGUUCCCUUUCUCAGCCAGCCAAGGUACCAAAGCCAGUAACAUCCUACUCAUUACCAUCUACCCCAUUACUAGAUGAAGUUUCAAUUGAGGAUCUCCAUAAGAAGUUUUUAUCCAUGAAGCAGAAUUGCAAAGAUGUCAGUGUUUCAGAAUCAUCAGCUGUGAGCACUGAUUUAGGACCUUAUAUGCAAGAUUCAGACUCAGAUUCUAGUUCCUCAGAUUCUUCUACACCUCGUGCAUUGACCUUAUCUGAUACAGAUAUUUCUACAAGUUUGGAUUGUUCAACCCCUAUUAAAUCUCAAAGAGUACGGCGUUUAUCGUACACACUGGAAGCACCUAGCCCCGUGCUUUUAAAAAUGAUGCAGAACAAAGCAGCUGAACAAGAGAAAGCUACCAUUUUGGAUGUGCCUACACUUAACCUUUCCAGUUCUGAUGAUUUGCCAAGAAAUGGUGCUAAUUCCUCCCAGGGGGGCAAUCAGCAAACGAGCAUACUUCAGGUAACAGGAGUUCAAUAUUCUGCCACUGUGUUGGACAAGAAUCGAAAUAACGGAGGUCUAAAUACAGCACACAAUUUAGUGAACUUAAAUUUGCCCCAAAAAGACACUGAAGAUGUAGUCAACGGAAACUCGACUGAAAAACAAAAGGCCAAUACUUCGCACAAGAAUUUUGAACCUAACAAAUCUAAACUUGAAAGUGUAGCAAUAAAUUGUGAUAAAAACGGAAAUUCUCCCCGAAUUCAAGAUGUUUCCAAAUCUGGGAAUUUGAUUGAAGAAUUCUUAACACAACAACAAAGACUAAUGAACGAAUUAUUGGAAAAGCAAGCUAAAGAACAAGAGAGAUUGGUGCAAUUAUUUAAAGAACAAGAAGAACAACUGAUGAAACGAAUGCAAGCGCAAGCGUUGCAGCAGCCACCAGUUGCCGAAAAUAAAAGUCCAGCCUGCCGUAGCUUGAAGCAGAGCUUCGAUCGUUCGGCCAAAGCUAGGAGCCUGUUUGAAUCUGGCCGUCUAUCUGCGUUAGUUCGCGGCUACUUGACUCGACGACUCUUAACCACCGAUCGGGUGCAGUCUAUUAUUCAAACCAUUCGCGACACGACAACCUGUCUCAAAGAAUUAAACCAGGGUAAUAUGAUGAUUUUGCCUAGCGACAUUGAAUUGCAUAAACGUCUAAUUCAGCAGCUAAACGGAGCAAUCCAUUCAUUGCACGAAAUUUUUUUCGAAUGGGAUGUCAACGAAAGAAUGUUAGUUAUAGCACGUGACAGGGAGAAAAAAGCUGGCCUAAUCGUUACGGGGGUGCCGAUUCGUAUGCGACCAAGAAGUCGUUCUCUCUCGUCAGCUACUGUCAAAAGUCUGGAGCGCAAAUUGACUAGACACGACAGCCAAAAUAGUAGCCGGCCAAGCUCAGCCUCCACUGCACAUCCGCGCACCUCUCCGUCCAGUUUGGCCCCAUCUUCAGCUGAUCGCAAGCGAAGCCCUUCAUCCAGCGGAUCUUUCUCGUCCUUCAGCGCUGCUCCAUCAAAUGGAUCAUUACACGGCAAAAACAAACAUAAGCCGUCGACCCGAAAACCCUGGCGUUGUUGAUCUACUGAUCUACUACUACUUAUCGGGGGGGAAAAAAAUUCAGUCCACGUCCGUCUUGGUUAACGAAAGUCGCCUAGCUCUUAUUUUGUGGUGUAGGUUUGGUCAUUAACACAGGCACAACUGUACUUUCAUUCCCCGUGCAUGAAAUGUUUUUGGAAAGUCAAACUUUUUAUGAUCUCCUAUAUUUCCCUUAUUAUUUGUCCGGAAGUCCUACCUGUGUGCUCGCUCUUAAACCCGUUAAAUACAAGAAUAAAAAACGCAA